AUGGAAGGAGAUCUUGCGCGCCCUACCGCGGACAUGCUGCCCCCAAAGACCUGCCUGCCCAGGAACUACAGCUGCAUCGCCGGGCUUUUCGGCAGCUUGGCCGCGGCCAAUCCUCGUCUGGACGAUGGGGAUGAUUUUGACAUUAUCAAUGGCACCUGUGAGCCCGUCGAGAGCCCCGUGGUGGACGAGAGGCCGCGGGGGCGGGAGACCUUCCUCAAACCCCCCCAGAGCCCCAGCCUGCGCCGGAGGUGCAAGUCUCUCCCUACUCCCACGGAAAGGGCCAAGUUGGAAAUAUCCCGCAGCAGAAGUCCAACAAGUCAGAAAAAGGUCCGCUUCGCCGACUCCCUCGGUCUGGAGCUCAUCUCCGUGAAACAUUUCGACGACUCGGACGAACCCGAGGUGCCGGAGCGCAUUUUGGCCAAAAUACCCAGAUCUACGGACUUCAAUCACAUGGCGACCACUAAAUUCCCACGACCCCUCCCGCAGUCGGUCUUCAUGGAGCUGCAGUUCACCAGCCCCGGCACGCUUCCCGAUUUCGAGCAGAAAGUGCGGGAGGUGAAAGUCCUGCUGGAGAGCGUGGAGACAGACGAGUUCAGCCUGUCCGGCUUCGUGCGCGUUUUGAACCUGGCCUUUGAGAAGAGCGUAUCUUUACGCUACUCCCUCAACAACUGGAUCACCUUUAUGGACAGUUUGGCAUCUUACGUGCCCCACUCAAGCGACGGCACUACGGAUCGCUUCUCCUUCAAAGUGGUCAUGCCUACCUACAUGGAGAACGGAGGCACGUUGCAAUUCGCUAUUAAAUACACAGUCGGCGGCGAGGACUUUUGGGAUAACAACAACGGGAAUAACUACAAAGUGCGACGUCACCGCUUCAAGAUGUCUCCACCGAAGGAAUGGGAGAACGGCUGGAUCCACUUCAUUUAA